ACGAGUAGAGAGAAAGAGAGUAGAGGACCAGAAGAAUAAAGGUAAAAAUGGCGAGAGGGAGCAUUAAAGACAAGCGGACAUGGUACAAGGGGGAGCCCCACUACGUGUACCAAAGGAAUAGCGUCCGGCAAAGGGACCGAGCCCAUCCCAUCCCAUCCCAUCCCUCGCGGGAAAAAUAGGGUGUUUGCGUCGCAGCUUGCAGCACUCCCGCUCCCCACUAAAACCCUCCCACGCCCCCACCCUUCAUCCUCACUUCCUCUCUGGCCUCCCCCCUCCCCACAUCAAGCCACUUUUUUCUUCUCUCUCCGCACACAGCAUACGACGGAAAGGAGAAGAGAAGCUAUCUUGUUCUUCCAAUCGCGUGUUCCCACAUAGCAACCUAUCUCAACCUUUUUAGCACCUAGAGAAUCCCAUCUGCUGCGUGCCCUCUCCCUGCUUCUAAUCCAAAUGGCCGUUCCUCAUCCACCCCCAUACGUUUCCUCCGCCGCCCUUUGAACACGGAUUCCCAGGAGAUUACCGUUUUCAGCCGUUUCGGAAUCGAACGCAUCGAAUGGCCUCCUCCGAAAGCGAAACCAGCUGCAGGAACUCAAUGUCAUGCUCAUGGUCGUCGUCCAAUUCCUCGCCGUCACCGUCUCCGAAGAAGAGAGGCUUGACGGGCGGCGGGGGGAAGCAGGCGCGGGACGGGAGCAGGCACCCGGUGUACCGCGGCGUGCGGAUGCGGGCGUGGGGGAAGUGGGUAUCGGAGAUCCGGGAGCCCCGUAAGAAGUCGCGCAUCUGGCUCGGGACCUUCCCGACGCCGGAGAUGGCCGCGCGGGCCCACGACGUGGCGGCGCUCAGCGUGAAGGGCGCCGCCGCCGUCCUCAACUUCCCCGACCUCGCCGCCUCCCUCCCCCGCCCCGCCACCCUCUCCCCUCGCGACGUACAGGCUGCCGCCCGCGCCGCCGCGAUGGACCUCCCUUCCGCCACCCACCCCACCCGUCCCGACGAGUCCUCCGACGAGCUGGGGGAGAUCGUGGAGCUGCCGCGACUCGAGGAGGGCCUCUUCGACUCGGCCGAGUCGGGGGGCCGCGAUUUCGUUCUCCACGACUCGCCGGACCCGUGGGCGUACUCGCCGCCGUGGAUGGCGGGUGCCGACGAGUACGACCUCUUCUCCGACCACGCGUGGAUGGCGGGUGGACCGCCGGAGGGAAUUUUUCCCACCAGCCUCGAAGCUCUCUUGUGGGACCACUGAGAACCCAGAAAAUAUUUUCUUCUCUUCUUCUCUGUUUCCCAUUCGCUUAAUUUCUACUUAACCAUGUGGGCGAAGACGAGAAAACUGCAACGUUUUGCUACUUGGGUGUUUCGUCAGCAGCAGCAACAUUUACUCCCCUGAGAUUGCUUUCCAGGAUCAGCAGUCCUCAGGUCUGUGGAUGAAAAGUCUCCUCUCCUGCUCUAAAAUAUUUUGAUCCUGUUUGCAUGUUCAUGCAUGGAAUAUUCACGAUGAGAUCGAGGGAUGGACGAUAUUUGUUUGGAAAUUCUUGAUUUUAUUUCUCGCUUGCUUAAUUGCUUGUCCAUCAAAAUGGAACAAUAAUCUAAUUCCUUCCACAUGGUA